AUGCGCGUCCCUGCCCCCGGUGCCGGUGCGGGCGCUGCCGCCGCUGCCGGGGAGGCGGGCGGGAGGCGGGCCGGUGACUCAUGGCUUCCCAACGGCGGCGGCUCCUCCCCGCGGCCGCCGGCCCCGCGCAGCCCCCGGCACAUGGGCCGCGGCUCCGGCAGCGCGGAGCUGGCCAUGGCCGCACCGCCCGCCCGCUGCCCCGACUGCCCGGGGCCGGAGCGGGGGGGCGGCGGCGGGACCCCCGCCGUGCCACACCUCGGCAUUGCGGUGGACGAGGGGGACGUGCUGCCCGGGGCGCUGCGGAUCGUGCGGCGGCUGAGACCCGCCUGGGAUCCGGCCGCGGUGAAGACCAAGCUCUUCACUGAUGGCAUCACCAACAAGCUGGUGGCCUGCUACACGGACGAGGGCAUGGCGGACGCGCUGCUGGUGCGGGUGUACGGCAGGAAAACCGAGCUGCUGGUGGACAGGGAGACGGAGCUGAGGAAUUUCCAGGUGCUCCGAGCCCACGGCUGCGCCCCCGACCUCUACUGCUCCUUCCAGAACGGGCUCUGCUACCAAUUCCUGCCGGGAAUCGCGCUGGGACCCGACCACGUGAGGGAUCCCCACAUCUUCAGGCUGGUGGCCCGGGAGAUGGCCCGAGUCCACGCCAUCCACGCCAACGGGAGCCUCCCCCGGCCCAUGCUGUGGCAGAAGCUGCACAAAUACCUCAGCCUGGUGAAGACAGAGCUCAGCCCAAAGGUAUCCAACGCCAGCCUCCCGCGGGACGUGCCCAGCCCCGAGGCGCUGGAGCAGGAGCUGGCCUGGAUGGAGGAGACGCUGUCGCAGCUGGGGUCCCCCGUGGUGCUGUGUCACAACGACCUCCUGUGCAAGAACAUCAUCUACGACAGGACACGAGAGCGCGUGCGCUUCAUCGACUACGAGUACACGGGCUACAACUACCAGGCCUUCGACAUCGGCAACCACUUCAAUGAGUUCGCAGGCGUGAAGGAGGUGGAUUAUGGCCUCUACCCCGGCAAGGAGACGCAGCUGCAGUGGCUGCACUCCUACCUGCAGGCCUACAAGGAGCUCACCCAGGGCCACCCAGGUGACAGCCAGGUGUCCCAGGAGGAGCUGGAGACCCUCUACGUGCAAGUGAACAAGUUCUCCUUGGCGUCCCAUUUCCUCUGGGCCUGCUGGGGCCUGAUCCAGGAUAAAUAUUCCACCAUAGACUUUAAUUUCUUACGAUAUGCAACGUUAAGGUUUAAACAGUACUUCAAGAUGAAGCCGGUGGUCACAGCCCUGCAGGUCCCCAAGUAGGGGCCGCCCCGAGCUCUCCUGUCCUGGCCGUGCCCUCGCGCCCCCCUCGCCCAGCGGUGCCAAGGGGGACAAGAGGAGCCCUGCCCUGGCCACCACCGCUCCCAGGAGAGCCUGGCCACCCCCACGACUGGACCAUGAGAUGCUGGAGAGGACCAGGGCCCCACGAGGCCCCAGCCCACGCCAGGAAGCCCCACCACCGCCUUAACGCCCGGUGCCGGUGCCCGGCAGGUCCGUGCCCCGCUGGCACUGCUGCUGCUGCCGGGCCUGGCACCAACCCCUCCCCUGCGCUGUCCCCGAGGGGGACACGGCGUCACCCCGGCUGCUCAGGGCCCCCAGAGCUGCCCCACUGUCCCCUCCUGCCCCUCUGGGUGCCACCCGGGUGCCAACCCCAAAGCAGCGCUGUCCCAUGUCCCUGCCGGCCCCUGGCCCCAGGCACGAGACCCUGAGGGGUGGCAGCUGUGGGCAAAGGGGCAGUGCCAGCCGUGAGCCCCUGGCACCUGUGGGGUGCUGCUGUGGGCACGGGGUGCCCACCCCCUCUGCGUCGUGCCAGUCCGGGGGUGUCCCCACAGCUGCCCCUGCCUGUCCCCACUGUCCCCUUGGCUUGGUGGCUUCCCCCCCGCCCCCAGCUCUGCCCCCAGGGGGCCCGGGGACAUCCAGGGGGGUCUGUCCUGCCUGUCCCCACCCCUGUUCUCCUCCCUUGGCUGUGUCCCCAUCCCUGGCAGGAGGUGGCACGGAGCUGCCCCGCUCCAGGACCGGGCACAGCUUCACCCCCACCCCCCUGCCCUGCUGAGCCCCGUCCAGCUCAGCUCAGCAAUCAGGGCCCUGUGCCCUCCUGGCUGUGGGGACAAGGUCACUGUCCCUUCUCCGGGCACAGG